AUGACAAAUAGUGCGAAAAUUCACGACAUUGAUGCAAUACAUGCAGAAAUUUAAACUUUAAAUCAAUGUGAUGGAGAAAAUUUUAAUAACAUUUUUGAAAAAUCUGAGACAUUAAAAUCAAUUCUUCCGUGGGCUAAUCGAAUUUGUCAUUUAGCAUCGUCAAAUCCGGUUACUACUGCAUCUGACGAAAGAAUAUUUAGUAAAUUAAAAUUAAUAAAAAAUUACCUAAGGUCGAAAUCGGCUGAUCAACAAUUAAAUGAGCUGAUGAUGUUGAGUUGUGAAAAAGACAUAAUAGAUACUUUAGAUAUCGAUAAUCCUGUACACAAAUGGGCAAUGCUGAAGCAACGCAAGGUUCAAUUGUGA